CUCCAGUGUGCGUGUAGCCGUGGCGGAGGGAGGUCGUUCGUUCCUGGCCGAGCCGCAGCCCCUCCCGGUGGUUCCCUAUUGACACUCCCCUUCCUCCCCCUGUCUCCUCCACGACUUGAAGAUCACGACAGGAAGCAAGAGUAAAGGCAGUGAGAAUAUUUCGCUAAGUGAUGGAAGUACGUUGGAAUAGGGAGAUGACUUCUAAAAGAGUUUUUCUGUGGUUUCCAAAUCCAAAUAUGUGGCGGAUUACCGAGGGAAAUUUAGCAAGAAAGUAGGAAGGUUUAUGAUCACUUGUCCCUGGAAGGAAGGAGAGGCAGCGUAGUAGGUAAUGCUACACUAGAGACACUGCAAUGUGGGCUUUGUAUCGAUCUCCUAGCAAGUUCCGUCAUGACCUGACUUGAGCCACAAAUGAAAAACACGAAAGCUGCAGGAUCUGAUAUUUUUUACACCUACUUUUCGACUUAACUCGUCUUUACUUAUGUGACUCCUGACUCCACAUGAUUCUACUGAAUGCAUCGGAUUGAUCAGUCCAAGUGACAGGCGACACUGCACGAUGGUCCGGUGGGCGGGGAGGCGUCACCAAGCUGCAGGUGGGAGCACACGGGAGCCAGCGGCAGAAUUCUCACGGGCACACAAGCCGCGCUGCACGAGUAAUGUCGUGAAUUACCUGAAGGCAAACGAGUGACUGCUCAGGGUCACGACACACCUGCAAAGCAGACCAAUAAAGCACAAAUGGAACACUCUCACACCAUCUUACUCCACCCACACAUGCCACCACGCCGCCACGGUAUGUAGGUCGCAACUCCUGCGCGCCCCGACGCCCUCACGCCACCCGCAGCUGCCUCCGAGGGGGGCAAUGGAACAGCACAGCCUGAUCCGCCAUGAGGACGCGGUCAGUGCAGCUGGUGACGUCCUGGUGGGUGGUGUGCGUGUGGGCCGCCGUCAGCCUCGCCACAGGGCUGGUCAGCGUGGUGGCCGUCCUGCAGCCUGCCUGGUAUGUGCGGUACUCACAAAUCCACGCCCAGGAUGUGCAGGGCGUGGCCUUCCAGGUGAUGGUGUCCUCCGUGGGGCCCUUAGGGUUCUGUCGCCUGGAAGGAGUCAAGCAGGUGACCGUAGCCGAGGAAGACAGCCGCCGUGGCCGAGUCGAGUUCUCCACAGACUCUGUAUCCAACACGCCGCCAACACUCCCAACACUCAGCACCUCACGACUCCCGGCCUCCACUGCAGGCGUAACCGAGCAGCCGCUGGAAACACCGCGCCAGGAGCCGUCUACUCCUCCACCGCCCACGGACCUCACGAGGGACCCGCUUACCCAAGAGGCUGCCCCGCCCACCACACUGCCUUCUGAGGUGGUGCAGGAUCCCUCGCCGCCCGCAAGCCAGGGUGUGGGUGGCAGCACCGGUGUUGCCGCUAAUGGAGAGAGCCCAUUAGAAGCGAUGAACACGACCACCGCUGCAGCUGCCAAUAACAGCGACGCCGCUGAGACAAACACAUCGGAUGAAAUUCUCCUCACAACAGUGGAAAGUUUCAGCGGUGACGGUCCCUCGGAGGCCGAACAAAAAAACUUUAAGACAAAAGAACACAAAAGCACCACGGAAAUCCCUGAAACGCCCAAAGAAGAAAGCAACGCGCCGGGAAUUGAAGUAGCUACCCCCACUGCAGAGAAGGAGCAGGAGGGUAGUGGUGGUGGUGAGGAUGGUGGUGGGGGUGUUAAGAGUGGUAUUGGUGGUAGUGGUGGUGGUGGUGAGAGUGGUGGUGGUGGUGGUGGUGGUGGUGGUGGUGGUGGUGGCAGGCGCGGUAGGAAGGGGGGAGGAAGAGUUGCACGGCCUGGCACUCACGCUGGUGCCAGGGGGGCUGCAGGCCGAGGGAACACCACUGCAGUCAACAGAGGCAGGAGGAAGAAGGGCAAACAUAGGAGAAGGAAGAAGAAGUACAACAGGAAACGACCAAGACCAGGAGAAGGAGGAAGGGGCCCCGGCAGGAGUCGCAGGCCACCCAGACCAGACCUCCCUCUGCACCACCUGCUGCGCUCUAGCCUGCAGGACCGUCACGCCCCGCUGGCUAGCCCCCUGCACCAGUCCCCGCACCAGGAGGCCCUCACUAGUACAGACUACCGCCCACGCCAGCCUAUUCUAUCCUGCUCUGGUGUGGGUGGGGGCGUGGGGUCAGGCUCCUCUGCAGUGUGGGCGUUGGUGGGCGUGCUGUACGGCGUGGCGGGGGUGGUGCAGGUGAUGGUGGGUGUGGCGUCCCUGGCCAUGCAUCUGCCCCACGCACACUCCCGCAGGUUCACUCUUGCGGCCUGGCUUGGCAACGCUCAGGUGGUCGUUGUCAUGUCCCAGGGCGUGGCUCUCGUCCUCUUCCCUCUGGGGUUGGGGUCACCACUGGCAAGAGGCGAGUGUGGCGGCUCCUCCUCCGUCUACUGGCCGGGGGAGUGUACAUUUGGGUGGUCAUACAUGCUCGGAGUUGUGGCCACCACCCUCGCCGCCUACUGCCCCUGCCUGGCACGACUCACAGUCUUCAGGAAAUACGACUACAAGGAGUGGGACAGCAUCAACUUCUUCUGAUGGACGCGUGUCGUGCUAGAUAAGAAAACCUCGUGAUCGUGAUAGUGUGUGGUGACGAGUGACGCUUGAACAGGAAUGCGGAAGCGAAGAUGAUACAAGUCCGGCUUUAGAACACUUUCAAGGCCACUGGGGUGAUUAGUUGCGUUCUCGCGAUGUUCUUUGCUUUCUUCAAUGAUACAGACUGCUAAACUACCAUUUUAAUCAUGAAAAUAGUCCCGGAAACUCUACGAACUUCCACUAGAGCCUGUUAACAGUAGUGGAGAUAAAGCGCCGGUUGAGAAUAUGGAGCCAAGGUGUGAGUGAGUUAAUACCCUUACACUGCCAGAUUCUUUUGCGGAGUUGAUCAAUGAAAGCGGUACUUUAUUUUCGUUUACUGAAGUUUUUACUCGGAUUCCAUUCUUGCCAAAAGAUAGCGUACUUAUUCAAUACACAAAAAAAAAAAAAAAAGAAAAAAAAAAAA